AUGACUUGUCCUCUGCGAGCUCACACGUCCGAUGUCGACGAUCUAAGCACGACGUCACCAGAACAUCUGACCAUACCUCAACCCCCGGAGCACCUCUUUGGCCUGCUCGGCAAUCUACCCGACUUGGAUCCUUCAUUCCCUUCCAAGAACAUAUGGACCCUGCAACAGCUAUACGGUCCUAUCAUGAAGUUGAAACUCGGCAGUGAGCAAGUAAUGCUCGGAGACCAACAACACAUCAACGAAAUCUGCGACGAGAAAAGAUUCCACAAGGUCCCUGCUGGCGCUCUGACGGCCAUUCGAGCACUGACAGGAGACGGCCUGUUCACAGCUUAUGAUUCUGAGAUGAACUGGUGGAUCGCCCAUCGCAUGCUUGUUCCUGCUUUUGGUCCAAUUGCUCUCCGCUCAAUGUUCGACGAUAUGUUGGAUAUCUCGUCUCAGAUGGUAUUGAAGUGGGAUCGACUGGGACCGGAACAUGAGAUUGAUUGCGCUGAUGAUUUGACACGUCUUGCCUUUGACACUAUUGGGCUUUGUGCUUUCUCGUACAGGUUCAAUGAGUUUUAUACGGAUCACGCUCAUCCUUUUGCCCAACAGAUGGCCGACGUCUUGACCGAGAGUGGUAGGCGUGUCAGCCGGCCUGGGUUCAUCAACGACUAUGUUUAUCGCAACAGCGAACAGAAACGACAAGACAAUGUCAAGAGGAUGCAUGACCUCUGUGAUCAGAUUGUAACAGAUCGGAAAAAGAAUCCGCAACCUCAGAAUAAGGACCUAUUGAACACCAUGCUGAACAGUAUCGACAGAGAGACUGGAGAGGGGCUGUCAGAUGAGAACAUCAGAUACCAAAUGGCCACCUUCCUGGUUGCUGGACAUGAAACCACUAGCUCAACCCUGUCAUUCACAUAUUACAACUUGCUGAAGAAUCCUGACACACUCCUCAAAGCACAGCGACAAGUCGACGAGGUGGUGGGAGACAACGUACUGGGAUUGCAGCAUCUUUCGAAGCUCACGUACAUCGACGCCUGUAUCAAGGAGAGUCUUCGUCUCAGCUCGCCCAUCACUCGCUGGAGUGUAUGUCCACGCAAAGACACAACCUUACAGGGUAAAUACGAAGUGAAGAAAGAUGUCCAGCUUGUGAGCAAUCUGAGAGCUCUUCAUCACGAUCCUGCCGUCUGGGGUGAUGACCAUGAUGACUUCAAACCAGAGAGGAUGCUCAGAUCGAAUUUUGAGAAACUACCUCCCAACAGCUGGAAGCCUUUCGGGAAUGGAACGAGAUCGUGUAUCGGCAGAGGCUUUGCCGAGCAAGAAAUGAUCAUCAACAUUGCGCUUGUGCUUCAGCGCUUCCAGCUGCAAUUGGCAGAUCCGACAUACGAGCUCGAACUGAAGUCAACGCUGACGAUCAAGCCUUGGAACUUCAAGAUGGAAGUUCGUCGUCGACCAGGAAAAGCACUCAUGGUUGGCAUUCCAGGAGGGGUACCUACCACUAUGGCAAUGAAACAUGAACAGCAACAUGAGCAUGUACAAGCUCAGGGCGAGUCUUCCAAAGCGCCUGUGUCAAUCUUUUUUGGAGGCAACACCGGAACAUGCGAAGCUCUCGCCGAAAAUCUGAGAACAAAGUUGACUGAUCAUGGCUUGAGUGCUUCAAUUGCAAGCCUUGACACCAUGACCGAGCACAUUCCGAAUCAGCCUGUUGUCAUCAUUGCGUCUUCAUACGAAGGACAACCGGCUGAUAACGCGAAACAAUUUAUGGCGUGGCUGGAAGGUGUUGGUGACAAAAACGCCUCCAUCUUGAAAGGUGCCGUAUAUGCAGUAUAUGGAGUGGGAAGUUCAGACUGUGCGAGCACUUUCCAUCGAAUCCCAAAACUCGUCAACGAGCUCAUGGAGAAAGCUGGAGCUGCCAAGAUUGUCGACCUUGGACUCUCCGACGUCAAGACUGAUCUAUUUGGUCCAUGGGAAGAUUGGGUAGACCAGCUUGUGAAUGCGCUGGUAAAGUCGACUGGUGCUCGAUCUGUUGCUAAGCCCGUUACCGAGGUCAUCAUUCGCGAGUCUAAACUUACCUCAUUGCUCGGCGGCAAAGACAUGAAUGUCGGAACUGUUGUGGCGAACAACCAGCUUGCAGGCACUGAAGUGGGACCUGCAAAGCGUCACAUGGAUAUUCGUCUGCCGGAUGGUAUGAGCUACACUGCAGGCGAUUACCUUGUAGUACAACCACGAAACCCGGAUGAAACAGUCCAUCGAGUCCUGUCAUACUUCGGCCUUCGGGAAAACGACGUCCUGGAAGUCAAAGGAUCCUCCAAGGCCUUCUUACCUGCUGAGCCCACCCCUAUGGAAGAGUUCCUUGCCGGUGCUGUCGAACUCAGCCAGCCCAUCACGAAGCGUCAGCUCGAAAACAUCUUAGCACACGCGACUCCUGAACAGCAAGAAGAAUACAAAGGCUUCCUCGAAGAGUCUUCCUACCAACACUUCCUUGAGAAGCGCUACAGUAUUCUCGAUAUCCUUGAAGAGACCUCAAUCGCCCUCCCAUUCAGUCUCUACGUCGACAUGCUUCCAGCUCUAACGCCUCGUCAAUAUUCCAUCGCCUCAUCCUCUCUGGACCCAGCGAAUAACCCACAACAUAAGCCACAUGCAGAUAUCGUGUCUUUGUGCUUUGAUGUCCAUACUUCGCCAGCCCUAUCAGGUCAUGGUUCUUUCUUCGGCGUUACAUCCACCUAUCUUGCUUCUCGCCGCAUCGGUGACCGUAUCUCAUGCUUUGUGCGUCCUACCAAUGUCGGGUUUCGUCUUCCUGGCAAUACUGAGACACCUAUCAUUAUGUUUGCAGCCGGCACUGGCAUCGCGCCCAUGCGAGCUUUCCUGCAAGAAAGAGCUGCUAUAGCAGCAGCUGGUUCGCGAAAACUCGGCCCAGCAAUCUUAUUCUUCGGUUGCCGUCACCCGGAGAAAGACUUUAUCUACCGCGAACAAUUAAUAGCGUGGGAAAGACAGGGUGUUGUCAAAGUCGUGUCAGCGUUUAGUAGAGGCAACACCGAUCCCAAAUAUGUUCAAGACGCGAUUUGGGAGCAUCGCGAGGAGGUAGCGAAGAUGUUUAUGGAUGGUGGAAAAAUCUACUUGUGCGGUAGUGCGGCGAGACUGGGCAAGAGUGCCGCAGAGGUUUGCAAGAAGGUUUGGUGCGAGAAGAAUGGGAAGUCGAUGGAAGAGGCGGAGGCAUGGCUCCAGAGUGUCAAGACUGAUCGGUAUAUCAGCGAUGUAUACUGA